GCUAAUAAAUAAGCCACGUUGACAGUAAGAUGAAAUCUCAAGUUUGAUGGCUUGUUGAUUCUGUUGCACUUUGCACAGAGUGGGAUCCACACACAGCAUCGCAUGGGCGGCUGACGAUCCUCCAAUCGUCCACAGUAAAGAAUGCCAUCUAUAAAGGAAGCAUUGAUUGCCCUUCGCUGAUGCAAAGCAAUUGCAAGCGUACGCCCAAAUCUCACUGUGCAAAUUCCCUGGUCCACCAUUACACCUUUCUAUUUAUUUUCUAAGAUUUGCUUAGUUUACAGUGUUGCCUUGUCAUAUUCCUCACCGUAUUCAAAUAAGUUACCCCCAUUAAGAAAGAUUUUCAUGAGUUUUGCCCGAUUUGGAGAGGAAUAAGUUUGUGGGUGUGGGUGUGGCGCAGUGCAAAUGCUCGUCUCAAAUCUGCUUGUUAUACCAGAGGAGGAGCCACUGCUGGUGACUCCGGCCUGUUCUAUGCCUCAUGAGGUUCUCAGCCUCUCAAAUUUGGAUUCACAGUUUUUCUUGAGGUUUACCAUUGAGUAUAUCUUUGUGUACAAGCCUCCACAGGGGGAAGAUUAUGAGGAGGCUGUUGAGAGAAUAAGGAAUGGGCUUUCUGGAGCUUUGGUGUAUUAUUACCCUCUGGCGGGAAGAUUGAGGAGCAGACAUGAUCAUAAAUUAGAGGUAGUGUGUAAUGGAGAAGGGGCUGUGUUUGUUCGAGCUAGAGCAAAUUUGAGUCUCAAGGAAUUUGGGCCUUUGCAUAAGCCUGCCAAGUCCUGGAAGAAGCUGCUGCAUAAGGUUUCUGCUGAUGGGUUUCUGGGCAUACCUCCCCUGGUCGUACAGGUCACACGUUUAAGAUGCGGAUCACUUAUAAUCUGCGCAGGCAUUAGCCACUGCCUGUGCGACGGACUAGGAAGCUCUCAGUUCCUGCAAGCAUGGUGCCAAAUCUCAAAAGGAGCCAAAUUUCCGUCAGUAACUCCAGCCUGGAGUAGAGAUCUCUUACAGAGCAGAAACCCCCCGAGAAUAGAAUACUCACAUCCAGAGUUCACGGAGGUCCCAGACCUGUGCAAUCUCAACACCAGGCUCAAAUCAGAACAACUCCAGGCGAGCUCCGUGAUAUUCGACUCCGCCAAGCUCCUGGAAAUGAAAACCCUAGUAACAGUCCAUUCUCAUUCAAAAUGCACCUCAUUUGAGGUCCUCUCAGCGCACGUAUGGAGGUCGUGGAUCAGAGCCAUGGAUUUGCAUCCAAAGCAGGCGAUCAAACUCCUCUUUUCCGUCAAUGUGCGGACGAAACUCCAACCGGGGCUUCCCGAGGGUUUCUACGGAAACGGAUUUGUAUUAGCCUGUGCUCAAACAACGGUUAAAGAUUUGACAGAGAGGCCCCUGUGGUACGCAGUAAAGGUUGUGCAGAGAGCCAAGGAAAUUCUCACAGACGAAUACAUUCGAUCGAUUGUGGAUACUCUGGGGGAUUCGAGACGCCGACCUGAUCUUAAUGGAAGCUUGGUGAUUUCACAGUGGUCACGAUUAGGGCUUAUGGAUGUAGACUUCGGAUGGGGAAAGGCAUCGCAUGUCGGGAAUCUGUCUAGUGACAUAUACUGCAUAUUUUUACCUGUUGAUUCCGACGGAGAAGCCGUCAAUGUCGUUCUUUCUGUUCCCCGUUCCGUCUAUGGUAAAUAUGAAUAUUAUAUGAGAAAUAUAACACACAAUCCUUUGUGAUGUCA